CAGAAUAAUGAAGCUGAAAGAUAGAAGAUGAAUUAUGUUAAUGUAAUUAACCAUAGAUAAGUGAGGGUUCAACAAGUGAUCAACUUGUGACUUCAUUUCCAACCUAGCACAAAUAAUCAUAAUAAUAAUUGAUUAGCAGAAUGUCAAUGAACUUUGAAAAUUUUGACGUGCAGGACUGCACGAUCAUAACCAAAGCUGUGAAGUCAAGAAGUGCUGAGAAUGUGGAGAAAGUCAUAGCCUCCCUGUUGAGUCAUGGGCAUGACAUCACUCACAACCUCUGCACACCUGACCAACAGGGCUACUCUGCUCUUCAUUAUGCUGUUUUGUACAAGGAUCUUGCAAUGGUGAAGAGACUUCUCAUGCAUGCAGAUAAAAGGUGCGUAAACAUGGAGAGUCAUGAUCGAUCCACUGCUCUGCUGCUUCUCUGUAGAAACUGCUCAGCCUCAGACCUGGAGGAAGAAAUAUUGGCGAGCCUUCUACAUGCUGGUGCAAAUCCCAACCUGCCUGAAAAAGAUCCAUCUUCCCUGCCCUUAUUGUGUGGUAUGUCACCUUGA